GUGCGGGCGGCUGAGGAGCGCGGGCGGCAGCAGGAGGAGGAGGAGGGCAGCGCCAUGACUCACUUGCAGGCAGGGCUCUCCCCUGAGACUCUGGAGAAAGCCCGGCUGGAGCUGAACGAGAACCCCGACACCUUGCACCAGGACAUCCAGGAGGUGCGGGACAUGGUCAUCACCCGGCCGGACAUCGGCUUCCUCCGCACCGAUGAUGCCUUCAUCCUGCGGUUCCUGCGGGCCAGGAAGUUUCAGCACUUUGAGGCGUUUCGCCUCCUGGCCCAGUACUUUGAGUACCGCCAGCAGAACCUGGACAUGUUCAAGAGCUUCAAGGCCACAGACCCGGGCAUCAAGCAGGCGCUGAAGGACGGCUUCCCCGGCGGGCUGGCCAAUCUGGACCACUAUGGCAGGAAGAUCCUCGUCCUUUUUGCUGCCAACUGGGACCAGAGCAGGUAUACAUUGGUGGAUAUUUUGCGUGCCAUACUUCUUUCUUUAGAAGCCAUGAUAGAAGACCCCGAGCUUCAAGUGAAUGGAUUUGUUUUGAUUAUAGACUGGAGCAACUUCACCUUCAAGCAGGCCUCCAAGCUCACACCAAGUAUGCUUAGGUUAGCCAUAGAGGGCCUUCAGGACAGUUUUCCAGCUCGGUUUGGAGGAAUACAUUUUGUCAAUCAACCAUGGUAUAUUCAUGCCCUCUACACAGUUAUACGGCCAUUUUUAAAGGAGAAGACACGAAAAAGGAUAUUCCUUCAUGGUAAUAACCUCAACAGUCUACAUCAGCUAAUACAUCCUGAGAUCCUGCCUUCAGAGUUUGGAGGAAUGUUGCCCCCAUAUGACAUGGGGACAUGGGCAAGAACACUGCUAGACCAUGAAUAUGAUGAUGACAGUGAAUGCAAUGCGGACUCCUAUAAUGCUCCAGCAAAAGAUAUAGAAAAGGACCUCUCUCCCAAGUCCAUGAAAAGGUCUCAGUCAGUGGUGGAUCCUGGGGUGCUAAAACGUAUGGAUAAGAAUGAGGAAGAAAACAUGCAGCCUUUGCUUUCCCUUGACUAACAGUUCCUGAGCACUGAACAUGAACUGAAGUGGAAGGCACUCAGCAACAAGCAAACCAUCGGGAAGGAGUGUACCAGCUGGAAUCCUACUUACUCAUGUUUAUGUAGCAUAAUGGAAGCAGGCCAAAAUUUUUACUAUUCUGCCUGAAUUCUGGAUGCCCUGGGGUGAAAAAGAAGAGAAGAAAGAAGGAAAAUAACUUAAAAAUAGGAAUCAGUAAUUUAUUCUGUAAGUGCCAACUUGUUUGUAAAUACAAUAUAAUCCUCCAAUUUGACUUUCUAAGUUAUGGUAAGCAAAUGCUACGAGUGACUACUAAAUAUGUCAAUGAAGUGCACCAUACAGAAGAGUAGUAAACGUGUGCAUGCACACACACAUGCAUGCGCACACAUAGAGAAACACAUACUGGACAAGGAAAAGUAUCAAAGCCAAUUAAAUGUUGUCCUUCUUGUAGGAAGCCAUACUGCAGCUAGUAUAUUGACUGCAAUAUACAGUAUAUUCUCUGCAAUGCUCAGUAGUGUGCAAAGAUAAAGAGGGAUUAUAAGAACUUGGGGAUGCUGUAACCAGUCAAGUAUUUCCUAAAUGUAGGAAUUUAUUUCCAGCUAACUUUGUGGCUUAGAGUUGUGAUUUAGCAUAAACCAUGUAGCAUUGUGAAGAAGAUAACAGAUGAGCUGGAACCAACUCUUUGACAGCUUUGAUGUUUGGCUGUAUGAGUCUUCUGUAUGAGGUUUCUUCCUUAACUUUUUAUUUACAGUUUGCAAGUAACCUGGCUUGUUACCCUAAUCUGGGUGCUGUAAUGUGGGCCAUAUUGGAGUUAUUUCUCUUGCAUUUUGGGUGCACGUCAAGAAGUUUUACAGAACUCUGUUCUCCCUUGGAAUGAGAAAAUAAUCCUCCAAGUUCAAUGUAAGAACCAAUGUUUGAAAGUAAAGCCUGGCAGCAGGGGUUAAAAGUUAAUCACUGAAUCCUGUGCACUGGGAGACUUGGAUACAUUCGUAUAUAUAUUUUUACCAAUCUCUGACAAAUAUAUAAGGUGACAUUGUUAGACAAGUAUAUUUAAUUGAAGGUUUAUACAGGAAAUCAUACCUAUUCAAUGUACUUAGAUAUAUUAUAGAUUGUAUACUGAGAUGAUGUCAUGAUUAAUAUAGUACAACUUUCCAUAGAACAACAGCAUCCCACUCCAAGCAAGGAUUAAUAUUAAUAAGUUGUAGUCAAACAUCUCAGCCUAUGUGUUCAGGGCACUUUUUUUUUGUUCAUUUGUUUUUUGUAGUGUAAGUGUAUAUAUUUAACAUGUGCCAUAAUAGAAAAAUAUGUUUUACCUCAAAAGGGCAAUGGGUUUCACGAGGUAUUAAGUCAGCUGAAAUGCAGGGGCUGUGUAAUCUUUGUUGUGUGUUGAUGCGAGUGCAGUUUAUUAUAUACUGAGACAAGAAUACAUUCUUUGAACUAGCCAGGCUUUUCUUAUCAGGGCUUAACUUUGCAGUCAAAAUGAGAUAGCACAGGGUACUCAUCUAAGCAUCCAAAUAAUUGGAGAUAUUGCGACAGUAUGUCUGGACAAUGCAGUGAUUAAGAAUAUGCUCAACAGAUGACCACUACGAAGGCAAAAGCUCAUAGGUAUCCUGCCUCGGAAGCUCUGCAGUAAGAGUUUCCUCCAUUACUUCAGUGUUCACUGAAGUUUCAAGAUUUCUGGUUAUAGGUCACCUCUCCUCUCCCAGGAUGGUUGCAGAUUUAAGAAUUGGUAGACUGUGGAGAGUUAAGAGAAAUCUUGGAAAUGUGUCAUCUCAGAAUUUAGCCGUGGUGGCAACUUUGGCAUUCCUCAGUGCUGAGAUAAGCCAGUCUCUUCCAGCAUCACCCUUGAUUAACACAGGCUAAUAGAUAAAGCAGUUCAUUAGGAACACUGAUAAUUAGAAUAUGCUUCAACAUGCAUAUUGCAGAUACUUGUCUGAACUAGUCAUCUCCUUUCCACUCUCUUAUUUCUAUUUUCAUGAUAUGUGUUAUGAAAUGCAAAGGGAAAAGAUACAGAGCCUGAACUUGAGAAGUAUUAAUCAGUGGCAAUUGCAGAAAGGAUACACGGGAACUGAAGCUGCCUACAUCUUUGCAGUCUGUCCUACAAGUUUUCAGUAGAUGAAGCUAUUGUAAUUCUAAUUCUGUUCUUUGAUGGGCUUGAAAGAUUGAUGAGUUCUUAUCUACAACUUUAUUCUAUUUUUCAUGAAUCUUGUAACAUCAUGCUGUGUAGGUAAGAUGUAUCUCUAGGAUUUACGUAAGUGCCAUAUUUGAAUGUGUUAUACAUUCCCACAUUUAUGGCUAGUGGAAUAGUGUAUUGCCAUAGCUGAUUGUUUAAUCCUGAUCAGAUAAACAGUAAUAUCAGUAGAAAUGUUCUCCUUGUAAGGGCUUUGGGAUUUAGUCACAUUUGUGCUAACUGUGACACAAUAGUGAUCAAAGUCUUCAUGGAUGCUUUUGUAUACCUGGGCCAAACCUUGGUGUAAGCCAGCCCAGUACUGAUUGCAGAGUACACCCGCUGUCUGGACAGAAAAUGCAAAUGCCUCUUAAUUCUGACAGAGUAUCUUUGUAGGAAAGUAUAUCUGCUCAACUGUAUGAAGCUUCUGCAUACCAACUGAUAAAUCUGUUUUGUUUGUGAUUCCUUUAUGCACUUAGCUGUAAUUUAUGUAAAGUUUUCUGAUGCCUGAUUUCAGCUUGAAAUUAAUGAGCAUUAAUAUAUUAUUUCCAGUUAGUGAAAGUAGGGUAUAUUAUAAAUUUGCAUUAUGUGGUCUUCAUCUUUCACCAAGAACAAAACUACUUUUUCAAUAAGAUCCUCACUGUUAAGGAGUUGGGCUGCAGAUCUUGGCUGCAGCUUUUAUUUCACAGAAGCAAAUUCUUGCAGUGGUAACUGCAGUUGUGACAUUGGAAAAAAAAAUUGAAAAUGGAUAAGAAAACCAAUUUUCCGUCACAUGCUCUUGGUAUUCUUUGAAGGCAUCUAUCUUUUACUCAUUAGAGUAUGUAAAGGGUUUCCCCUUUUCCCUUGCUUCUUGCAGAAAAUCUUUACAGAUAGGUCAAUUUUUAAUAGCUGAAAUUUGGACUGAAAACUUUUUCCAAUCUUUAUUAUGAUAAGACUUAAUGUUGAAUUUUUAUAGCAGAAUUGAAGUGCUACAAAUAAAAUUCACGUGUUUGGGAGGGUCAUUUUUAUUUCUUACCUUUGUUAUAUAUUGGGUCAAAUAAAUCUUGUUGUGCUUAUGCAUGCCGAUAUGCAUAUCAGAAGAAUCCUGCCAUAUGCGGAACUUAGUGGAAAGACUGGAUUCACCUGUUCAACCAGCUAAGUGAAAAAAAAUGAAAAGGGGAAAAAAGGUGUGAAAUUGAUGAUUCAAUGCCUUUGAUCAAAAGAUCAAAAAGAAGAUCAAAAAAUGCUCUCCUAAACAGUGUCUUUUCCAUGAAAGACUCUAUUGAGCUUAUAUGAAGAAGUCAUGGAAACUUUAAUGCCCAAAGCACCUUGAUGCUGUAAUCAUGGACGUGCAAGUCUAUUGGCCUUAUAAAGACAGGUAAUCAGUCCCACUAAGCUCCAACAAGCAUGCAGGUUCCCAAUAGAUAUUAGGUGUAAAAUAGCUCUAAGAAGUCUUUACAGAAAUGUAAAUUUAUUGUAUAGCAUAUUUAAAAAGAUGUUUUGCAUUCUGCAAACAUGAUAUGCCUAUCACUAAAUAUGUUUAUAAUGGUAUACAUAAACAACACAGAAUUAAAGAAAAUAGGUGUAGAAGGGACCUCAAGAUGUCAGCUGUAUUGCUGUGUGGAAGGGCAGAUUUUCUUCAAUUGUGUCUCUCUUAAAGAUUUGUUUUAACUCAGUACAUUGCAUGGAACGUUCUUUGUAUUGUUUAAAGUCACAGCGAAGCCUAAGCACAAUAUCUGACAAAAUUUCAACUUGAUGGUAUUACGUUAAUCUCUUUUAUUAUUUACUUUUAUUAUUUCUCUUAGGGAAAUUAAAAAGUUUGCCAAAUAUAAUAAUUCUACCAUUUAGAAUUACCUGGAAGUCAAUUUGCAAUAAGCUCUGGUCAUGUCCCUGUUAAUAUAUUGUUUCUGUUAUUAACAAUGUAUGUAGUUGUCCAGAUUUUUGAAAAAGUCAUGUUUGGAAGAGCAUAUGCACGAGAGAAAAAUUCAAAAUAAGACUACAGGCUUUUGUUUAGAAUAUUAAGAGAGGAUUGUGGGCAGGGGGAAGCUGAGUUUGUUUUGGAUAAUUUUUAUUUGCCUCUGGGGAAAGUCCGUUUGAGCUAUCAACAAGAUUGGGUUUUACAAAUUUGUAAGAUGAAUAUCAGUGUGAAAAACAAGAGGAAAGAUCUCAAAGGUCUGUACUGAAAAAUCACUUGGCUAGCUGUGUAAUGUCCUUUUAAUGAAAGGCAUUUUGUGAGUAGCUUCUGUGCAUGCAUGUGUGGUGCUGAGAAUAGUACUUUCAUCCAAAAAGGUCAAAGCACACUAUAAAAUCAAGAAAAUAAUAGUUAUCCCAUUUCUCAGGUAGCAAUAUAGAAACAAAGCCAGUUAGAAAUGUUCAAAUCUCAGUAGAAGACAUUCAUAUUGAGUUUAUGUAUGGCAAAAGCAAUGCUUUGAUCACUCAGUCCGGUUUGAACUGAAAGAAAAUAUUUUGUGUGAGAAGAAUGUCUGGCUGUUGAUUCAGUCAUGCCUAGUUUCCUUACAAAUGUUGUAAGCAUUUUAGCUUGAGCCCUUUACAAUCCAGGGGUGGUUUGCUUGAGUUAUAUCUGAACGUAUGUGCCUUCUGCUGAGGAAUUGGUAAAAAAGAAGCAUGUCCCCAAGAUGAAAUAACUUCUGCCCCGUGUAAUUGAUGAAAAACUGUUUACUGUUGGCUGCCCAAUAAAGAUCUAUGAACUUGUCAAGGAAGGAUCUCCUCCUGAGGGCUUUGAACAAUACUUAUGUCCUAUUAACUAUACAGGGAACACUGGCAUUUCAUUUGGAGGCAUUCUUAAGUGACCUCAAGUAAAAGUGCAAGCCAGCUAGAUAGGACACCACAUUCUGUAUUGCCUCAUAACCUUUAAUGAUGCUGUUUCAAGGGUCUGUAUUUAGCACAUUAACUUUGACAUAUCGUUCAGUCUGCAUUUCAGCUUCCAUUUGUGCAGGAAUUUUUUUUCCUCUCAGAUUUUGGGAUCUUAUUUUGUUUCUUUUAAGUGAAUCUGUUGCCACAAAUAUGGCAUUGAAUCCUGUCAGAAUGCACAACUUGCAACUUGAUCUUGCUGUUAAAAAAUGACAAGAUGUAGUGUGCUGGGCAUUGGUACAGUUGAAGCAUAGGUCACAAGCUCACACUAAUUUGUCAUUCAUUCUCCAAUGUUUUGUGUAUAUAAACUGCUUUGAUUGAUAGUGAAUAUAUCAAACUCAAGUUUAAAAUCGAAAAAAAAACUUUCUACAGUGAGUUCAAAAUCCGAGUUGGUGAUAUGACUGCGGAACUCAAAUGGAAAGGAAACACUGCUCUAAGGGAAAAUGUUGAUACUCCCUUAUGGCAUGCUAUUUAUGUUGAAACAUGACCAAAGUAUUUUGUCUAUGGGAACUCUGGUCAGGCAACUCUUUUGUUUCCAUACCAGUCACAAACAACAAGUCUUUUCCAAUAAAGGUGUGACAAAUCUAUUUGCUUUUGGCAAAUAAUGAAUUUUCAGUGAAUUGACAUAUCUCAACAGUGGACAAAUGGUGGUAAUUAAUUAGGAUUUGUAUUUAAUAUGGAAGUACUGCUGUGAUUCCUUAAGAGGCUGCUACAUCAUCAGCAAUGCACAGCAGUGCCUAGAGGCAAGCAUCACAAAAUGGGUCCCUUGGUUAAUAAAAAUUUAAGGGGAGAAAAAAAGAAAAGGGAGAGAUAAUAGAAAAAUGAUAAAAUGCAAUAAUUAAAGACAGAAGAUGGCCUGUGCUGGAAAGCUGGAAUGGCAAAAAAUGAUGUGAGGGAUCUUGAAUAAAUGCUUCCAAGAAGGGAUGUCUGCCUUGUGUCUACCACCUAUGUUAUGAGCAGAGUUCCGAUUUUUUUUCCACGCUGUUUCACUUGUAUAGCCAUAAUGGAGUUUCCCAAGUCUUCAGAAGAUGCUUCUGAGCUACCUUGUGAAAUCACAGACUGGUUGAGCUUGUGAACAUGACUUAACAGAUCAGUGCUUGCCACCAGAUCCUCAGCCAGAGAGGAGCCCUGGGCUGACUGAGACUUGGGCACUUGAAGAAAGAUGCAAACUGCUGUGUCCUGCCUGGUUGAAGAAGUCAUGCAGGAAGAGAAGGCAAGGAGCCAUACACCCAAAAGGAAAGGUGGGAGGCCUAUGGAGUAAAGGACAAUGGGGAGACAGAAUGAACAGGACAGUCAUAGGAAUACGAUGGUGAGAGGGGCUUUUAUUUCAUCUGUAAUUGAUAUUAAAGAGGCCUUACAAAGCCCAAUGGCAAAUCUGCUAUCAGAAGGGUGAGAAAAUGUAUUUCUCUCUUUCCAACACAAACUUGAUUUUGAUGUAUUUAAACCUGAUAUGUACACCAGACCUGAACCAUCUCUGCUGUUGUUUCCACUGAGGCUGCUGGGAUGUGGGUAUCACAUAGCAUCCAGGAGCUGCAAAGCUCACGUUCACAAAUCUUUCCAGAGGAGGAGGAGGAGGAAGGGAUAUAUUCUGCAGUAACUUCAGGGGAGAAUGGAUUCAAGUCUAUCUUGCCCUAACAUCUAUAUCUGUUCAUGUUCUGUGUAGAAGGCUGUGAGCGUAAAUGGUAGAGACCUCCCCUACACACCCUGGUGCUGUGUGAUAAUUAUGCAGCCUUCAAGCUGUAGCUGAUGAUGUGUCCUGUGUCUUUAAGAGGUCUGCUGGUGAUGUCAAUAGUAGCCACUAGGCACCCAGAGUGGAGAUAAUUUAAAGGAAAGUGACAACUUUAAGCACUACACUUAAAUCUAAAAAUACUGAAUUAGCGAUGCUUGCAAGUAAUGCCUAAGAUUAUAAUGAAUUAAAAGUUUUCAGUGUUUGGUUGCAUUGUAACCUUUAUGAGACUUACCAUGUAAUCAAUUUCCCUUAAAUUGAGUUUUUUCCUGAGGUUCAUAUGUACAUCUUUAACACAUCAGUGGCAGAAGGAAUUAAAUGGUAGAAAAUAUGAUUCUAAAGCUAUGAAUUUGUUCAGAUGGGCACAUGUAGAAUAUCUAGCAGUAUUAAAGUAAAAAUGUUUUGCAGUUAAUUAGGUUUCAGCUUGACAAUAAUGUCUCUUAAAUCAGUUGGCUCUAGCGUUUUCAUGGACUGUUGUAUGAAAUGUAUCCUGCUAACCUUUCCCAUAUGCAUUCAUUCUUCUUUUAUCCCUUGCAUUCCACAACAUCCUGUUUUCUGUAUAUAAUUCAUUCUGUGUAUAACUGGAGAAAACUGUAAAAAAAAAAAAAAAACACAACACACUGACAGUCUACAGACAGGAGCUUGAAAACCAUUAUUUAAAAUAUUUCCCUUACAGAAAUCUCUGAUAACAGAGUUAAAUGGAAGAUGGAGCAGAGACUGACCUCACCGUAGAUGAAUACAAAAAAGAUUUUGACUACGAAUCCACAAAGGUGUAGAUAGACAAUCACCUGAGACAGCUCUUGUGAUUUAUGGUGUUGCCUUGUCCUGGCUGUUAAUGAUCACUCUUCAGCUAGUGAUUACUGCCCCAACAUUUUAGCAGCAGUAGAUUAUGGCAGUACUCCUUUUCCAAUAAAUGUUAACAACUCGCACUGACUGUUGGUUUUGCUUUCAUGUACAUGUAAAAAUAUUCAUGUAAUCUAUUAAAACAUCUCUGAGGAUGGUGAUAAACAGCUAAUCAUGGCAACACCUAAAAUUGCAGUAGCUAGGUUGGCUAUCUGUGCCUUAAGCCUGUCCUGAUCUGUAGUACUUGUGUAGUAGUGACCACUGAAUACUUUUUUUUUUUUUUGCAUGCAGUAAUCUACUUUGAAGCCUUGCAAAAAACUGUAUAGUACCACAUCAAGAAUUCAGAAAUUACAGAAGUAAUUUACAAACAGAGCUUGUAUCCUCAGGAUAAAUUUUGUUUGUUCAUUUCUAAUUUAGUAUUGUUAGGACUCAGGGGGUCUGAGAUUUGUAAAGUCAGGACAAGUCUAUCAAUCAUGUUCUCUCUAUGUAUAUUUUCAUUAUUCUCUUUUCAGAACUUGUUGUCAGUUUGAAUUUUAUUCUUGGACCUAGUAAGAUUGUUACUUAUGGUCUGUUGUGUUCCAACCUAAAAUCUGAAGAUUAAGCAACUUGUGAAACAUGUCACUCUUUAUAGUGUAUAUUUAAAUAUCAUCAGUUCUCUGUGAUCAGUGGGCUGCUUUGGAGAGUACUACUACUUUAAAUCAUUGUUGGAUACUGAGAAAGAAUGACAUUCUGUUAAAUAAAACAUGACCAAAUGAAAAUUAAAAUACAUAUAUAUUUUUGUGUUUGUA